AAGUCAAAGGGGAAUCAACUGAAAUUCUAAAACGCGAUAAUCGGUUGUUGGUUCCACCUUGCUACCAAUCAACGCCAGCGCAGGCCCAACGCUAAUUCCACCUCCUUAUUUUCUUCUUCUUCAUCAUUAGAAAUUCCCUUUUUUCCCCAAAUAAUUUUUUUUAGGAAUUAACCUUUGAGAUUUUGAAUAAUGUAUCCGCCGCCAGGGCCAGGAGGCAUGUACUACAAUUACCCGCCGCCUAUGCUGGUCAACUGCUCCGGCUGCCACACCCCUUUGCAGCUUCCGCAAGGUGCCCGAUCCAUCCGUUGUGCCAUCUGUAAAGCCGUUACCAACAUCGCUGACCCUCGAUCCCUCCCUCCCGCGUCCCAACCACCUGCUCCUUCCACCCACGCGCCUCCUUCUCCCUCCCCUUACAAUCAUGCUCCUCCCGGGGCACCUCCCCACGCCCACGGUCGAAAAAGGGCGGUGGUCUGUGGGAUUUCGUAUAGAUACUCGAGGCAUGAGCUCAAAGGUUGCAUCAAUGACGCCAAGUGCAUGCGUUACCUUCUCGUCAACAAGUUUAAGUUUCCCGAGGAUUCCAUUCUUAUGCUCACAGAAGAAGAAACUGAUCCCUACAGGCUUCCAACGAAGCAUAAUAUAAGGAUGGCAUUAUUUUGGUUAGUACAAGGUUGUCAACCUGGUGAUUCUCUGUUAUUUCACUAUUCCGGUCAUGGUUCACGGCAACGAAAUUACACUGGUGAUGAAGUUGACGGCUACGAUGAGACUCUUUGCCCUUUGGAUUUUGAAACUCAAGGGAUGAUUGUUGAUGACGAGAUCAAUGCAACUAUUGUUCGACCUCUACCUCAUGGUGUUAGGCUUCAUGCGAUUAUUGAUGCUUGCCAUAGUGGAACUGUAUUGGAUUUACCAUUCCUUUGUAGAAUGAAUAGGACUGGACAGUAUGUAUGGGAGGACCAUCGUCCUGCAUCAGGUUUGUGGAAGGGAACAAGUGGUGGAGAAGUGAUCUCCUUUAGUGGUUGUGAUGAUGAUCAAACCUCUGCUGAUACAUCUGCCCUAUCAAGGAUUACAUCUACCGGUGCCAUGACAUUCUGCUUCAUCCAAGCCAUCGAAAGGGGGCAUGCAGCUACAUAUGGGAGCAUUCUCACUGCAAUGCGCAAUGCGAUUCGAAGUGUGGGGAGUGGUGGAGGUGGCGGUGACUUUGGUGGUGGUGCUGUUACAUCCCUCAUCAGCAUGCUUUUGACAGGUGGUAGCACUGUUGGACUUGGUGGGUUGAGGCAGGAGCCGCAGUUGACAGCAUGCGAACCGUUCGAUGUUUAUAUGAAACCUUUCUCCCUUUGAUAAAUUUUUAAAAUAAGAAUUUGUUAUAUGCUAUUUGUAAAUUGAAUUUAUUUAUAUUUCUGGAUAAGGGGUUGGAUUUCAUUUGUGUUCCCAAAGUACAUUGGUUGAACAAGAAUUUUCUGGGUUCCUCUCAUUAUAUUUAACAAAUCUGGAUUACAUCACCUGCAAUUAAUAAAUACAUGUUUCUUCAUUUGUACAA